CUUUCCAACUUUCUCGCAUUUUUUUCCCUUGAAAAAAAAAAAAAUGGCAUUUUCUGUAGCUGCUGCAACACCUAAUGCAAGUAUGCAAAUGGCAAUUUCUUCAACAAAGUUUUCAUACUUAUCUUCUUCCUUGCAAUUUCCAAGAGAGCUUCGUUGUGUUCAAAUUGGGAACUAUGGUUUGAAAUCCAAGAAAGGGUCUUCUUCACGUCUUGUUCCUCUGGUUGAGGCAAAGAAGCAAACAUUUUCUUCCUUUGAAGAAUUGUUGGAGAACUCCGAGAAACCAUUAUUUGUUGACUUCUAUGCUACCUGGUGUGGUCCUUGCCAGUUCAUGGUUCCUAUUCUAAAUGAAGUUGGUGAAUCGAUGAAAGAUAAAAUUCAAGUGGUGAAAAUUGAUACAGAGAAGUACCCAGCCAUUGCAAAUAAGUACAAUAUACAGGCACUGCCAACCUUCAUAUUGUUCAAGGAUGGAGAAGUCUUUGAUCGCUUUGAGGGCGCGCUUAAUGCUCCUCAGUUGAUGGAACGCAUCGAAUCUGCACUGGAAGUUAAGCAGUAGUCCUCUCGUUCUGCCUCUCUAGUGCUUGGAUCCUCCUUUUGAAGUCACUCGUGUUAAAAUUUCAAAAAUCAUGUGCUGUAGAACAUCUGUGGAAGCCUUCAGUUUCUCACUCUACUGUAUUUGCACAGAAAUUUGAUUAGAUACAGUUGUAGAAUGGUUAAUCCACUUGACGUAACUGCUGCCUUCUUUUAUCCCUUUAAAUAUGUUUAGACUUGAAUUUUUCACAGAAAGGCAUACUUUGAUCAACUGAUGUUCAAUGUAUUAAUCAUUUAGAUGGGAGUUCACCAGAA